CAUUAUUAUUAUCAUCCCUUUUUCAAAAUUUUCCAAAAAAACAGAUCACGAAUCCACGUUCUCGUCACGAAAUAAAACUUCGAAUAUCGACUAUCAUCUACCUAUCUAUAGAUCACCUCCAAGCGUAUUAUUGAAGCCACAACAGCUCCCCCUAUCCUUUCCUUUCCGUUUCAUAUUUAACAACCUAUUACGAUAAUUAACAAGCGUACCGAUUUCAAAACUUCUCAUCGAGAUCCAUCAUUCAUAACCGCGUUCAUCGAUCCGCAAUCCAAGAAGAAGAAGAAAUAUUAGAAUCCCCUUUGUACAGGAUUAUUAUAAUGCCUCCCUUGGCAAAGCGUCGAAAUAAAUAAAUAAAGUACACACGAAGAUUGCAGCGAGUAAAAGUCUCGAUCAAAGGAUCGGCGAUAUACUCGUCAAUUGUUACCGACCGCGGUAAUAAUUGAUGCAGGAAAAUAUUUCCAAGAUUGCACCGUGCACGCCUCAGUCGAUCAUCAGAGCGGCGGGGGGUUGCGACAUGAACGGCCUCCUGAACGGCGGCGACGCAUCGAUGACGAUGACCGCCGCUUUCAUGAAACUCGUCGGUUUGUGGACGGCGAAGAACAGGCGGGAACAGCGCGCAAGGAAAUUCGCCCUGAUCUACACCGUCGCCGCCAUGCUGUUCGCCCUGUGGAUAGAGUUCACGGAUUUUUAUUACUCGUUCGGCGAUUUUAGCACGUGUCUUUUUAAUACAUGUAACAUUAUAUACAUAACGAUGCCCCUGUUGAAGAUAUUCGUGAUAGUUUUGAACAAGAAGGAUUUUUUCCACCUAAUCUUCUACACGGAGAAACAUUUCUACAAGGAUAAUUACGACGAGCACGAGCAACGGAUCUUCACUAAUUGUCGACGUCAAUGCAUCAUCUUUGUUUGCUUCCUAACGUUCUCCACGAAAGGGACUCUCGUUUGUUACAUCGUCAGUCCGCUCGUCGAAAAUAUCGGGAAGAACCAAUCGGAAAGGGCACUUCCGUUCAACAUGUGGGUCAAUUUACCGCUAUCGACGUCGCCGUAUUAUGAAAUAAUAUUCACGAUACAGGUUUUAUCCUUGUAUCACAUCGGGGUUGGUUAUUUCUGUUUCGACAACCUGUUGUGCGUUUUGAAUUUACAACUUGCCGGCCAAUUUCAAAUACUGCAAUACAAAAUGGCCAAUAUAGUUGAUCUGUUGAAGGAGAAAAAUGAGAAACGGAUUAUAAACACGUCCUACUUUGCCAAGAAAUGUUACGAAGCUUUCAAAAAGUGCAUCCGCGAGCAUCAGGCGCUCAUAGCUUACUGCGAGAAACUCGAAAAAGUAUUCAGUUUGAUUAUACUUUGCCAAGUGUUGACGUUCAGCCUGAUAAUAUGCCUCGAUGGCUAUCAAAUAAUUUUGCCAGAGUCGCCCGUUAGAAGGCGAUUGAUCUUCGCCUUCCAUUUGGCAGCGUGCAUAUGUCAAUUGCUGAUGUUCACCUACAGCUGCGACUGCAUCAUACAAGAGAGCUCGAGCGUGGCUUUGGCGGUGUACGACGGUCCUUGGCCGUCCUUGUCCGAGAGCGCGAUGCGCAAAGACUUGACCCUCGUCAUUCUCAGGUCUGGCGUGCCUUGCUGCUUAACGGCACGGGGAUUCUUCGUCGUGUCUCUGGAAACGUACACCAGGGUUUUAAGUACUGCGAUAUCAUAUUUUACAUUAUUGAGACAAAGUACAUUAGAAAUUGUCACCAUGCAAUCGGAGAACCAGUUGGACGUAUCGAUAACCUUGUCGACAUUUUUCUUGAGAAACAUUGGAUUAUGGAUGUCUGACGAUCCUGGUGAGCAACGUCGGAUGAGAAUAUUGCUCGUCUACACAGUUUGGAUAUUAUUGCUUGGUAUGAUCAUCAAUGGCAGAGAUUUGUAUUUCACAUUUUUGUAUAACGGCGAUAUUCUCUACGCUCUGACGAAUAAUGUAACCAUGGUAAUGGGUCUAAUCAAGAUAUAUAUCAUAUUAUUGUAUAAAGGAAAAUUUUUAAAUCUAAUCGUACACAUGCAACAAAAUUUUUGGAACGUAAACUAUGAUUAUCACGAGAAAGAAAUUUUGGAUGAUUGCAGAAAAACUUGCAUUUUCUUCGUUUCCUCCCUUACCACCAUUGGUAUAUGCGCCAUGUUGUCCUAUCUAAUGACACCAUUCGCAAUACGAAGUGGGAACAAUGAAUCCGAGAGAAUGCUUCCGUUCAAUAUGUGGCUAGAUAUGCCAUUAUCAAAGACGCCUUAUUACGAAAUAACCUUUCUUAUACAAGCAAUGUGUGUUUAUUACAUUGGAAUCUCCAAUUUUUGCUUCGACACUGUUUUCUGCAUCAUGGCCGUACAUUUAGCUGGACAAUUUCGCAUACUUCAGUACAGAUUUACGAAACUCUGCGAUACAGAUAAUCAGAUAUGCAAAAAGAAUUUAAUAUUGGAGGAACAAAUGCAGAAAUUUCACGAGAAAUUUAAAAAAUACGUUCGACGUCAUCAAGCAUUGAUCGAUUAUCAUCAAAAACUUGAGAACGUGUACACUACAAUUAUGCUUAGUCAAGUGUUGUUAUUCAGUGUAUUAAUUUGCCUGUUCGGGUAUCAAGUAUUACUGGCCACCGCUUCUCUAGCGAGACGCUCCAUUUUCAUCUUCCUUUUAAUGGGCGCCAUGUUUUUGUUGUUUAUGUUCACGUUCAGUUGCAACGGCGUGAUGGAACAAAGCGACAAUGUCGCAGUAGGAACUUAUUCGGCGUUGUGGACUGUGAUGCCGAUGGAGAAAUUCGGGAGAAUGCUUCGAAAAGAUCUGAUAAUGGUGAUUAUGCGAUCCAGACGAGUUUGUUGUCUGACAGCCAAUCGAUUUUUCCCCAUAUCCUUGGAAACUUACACAAAGAUCUUGAGUACUGCGGUAUCAUAUUUCACAUUAUUAAGCAAACAUGUAGAUAAUUCAUAAAAUAUAUUGUAAUUGAAAACAACUGAAGAAUUCGUACAAAAUGUCGAGCGUAUAUUUAAAUCUAUCAAAAGUAAAUAAAACAGAGAUGGAUAAUUUUUUCGAAGCAACGAAUAACGUUAUUAU